AUGCAAGAAGAGAAGGAAAGGCUCUGCACACGAUAUGAACAACUGAGAAAGAAAGAAAGGAGUCUGAUAUCUGAGCAUGAGAAAGCUUGUACUGAUAAAAUUGCUAAACUGGAAGAGUCCUUGAAAAAGAAGAAGCAGGAUGACAGAACUUUCAGCAUUAUGAGAAAGACUCUUGGCUCAUUUAUGGAGAGUACUUCAGAUGAGGACAUCCCGGCUGAUGAUUGA